UCUCAACACCCGAGCCCGUCGCCGCCCCAGAUGCACGAUAACCACCACGCUCAAGAUGUCCUUGCCGAGGCGAGGAAGAACCUCCAGGUCCUGAUCGACUCGGGCCUCUCCAAGGAUCUCCUCCACCAAUGGGUCGACGAAAGCCCGUCCCUGCAGCUCGCCCUUUCCGCCCAACAGCAGCAGCAGCCCCAACAACUUCCGCAGCAGCAACCUCAGCAGCAUCAGCAACCGACGCUCGUCAGCCAUCAGCAACAACAAGCCAACUUCGUGCCGCCACCACCGAUGCGAUGCCCACCACCGCCUCCCGUCCCUGUUGUUUCGAUUCCGACUGUUACCACACCCACCAGCAACAACUCGACGACCACAACGCCCUCAAGUGACAUUAAAGUCGAGGCCCUCCCCGAGGACGUCUCUUCCAUCUUUAUGCCUCCUUCGGCUCCCUUUAGCCAUCGUCCCAGGAUAUCCGUCUCCUCAACUUCAUCCGGCUCCUCCGGUCAUGCCUCCAUUUGGUCCACGAAUUCUGGCCAGUCCUCGGUCUCUUGGCACUCGACAUCGACUUGCCCUCGAUCCCAGGCGCCGCUUCCCCUCCCCCCGACGACUCCCGUUACCGGCCCCCUUGGCGCGCCCGUCGGCACUACCGGAAAGACCAACAUUUACUGGUGCACCUCGUGCGAAACUAGCUUCAAGCGCAAGUACGACUGGAAGCGUCACGAGGAUGAAUUUCACGAGCGCUGGCGCAAGUACCCCUGCCCUGAGCCCGGUUGCAACCGCAGCUUCUGGGGUUCCAACUCGUUCAACCAGCACCACAAGCAGUGCCAUGGUUGCAAGACUUGCCCCCACGCCGAGAAGGUCGUCAAGUUCCUUCGUAAGCGCAAGUACUGGGCUUGUGGCUUUUGUUCUGCCCUCCACCCGGCUCGCGAGCGCCAUGUUGAGCACGUCGCUCGUCAUUUCGAGUCUGGCAUGACCAAGGGUGACUGGAUGCACUCGCGAGUCGUGUACGGCCUCCUUCACCAGCCUCUCAUCCACGAGGCCUGGGAUGCUCUCGUUGUGAGCAAGCAGCCCGAGUACAACGGUCGUCGACCUCAGUUCAGCUGGCACCCCAGCAAGACUGGACGCGCCCAGGGUUUCCUUGAGAAUGAGAACCCCGGCCAACUGCAGGAUCUCCUCGAGUUCUUCUCUGGCGAUGAGGGCGAGGCCCAAUGGAUCGUCAGCGUGGCGUAUGAUCUUGCUGAUAUCGUCCUCACCUCCGCGCCUAUUCCAUCUCCCCAGUAUUCGCAUGCCAGCCUUACCCCUCAAGGCUUCGACCCUCGCAUGUCGUUUAUGACCCUGCCAACUCAGGCAUCUCACCAGUCGAUGAUGCCCUCGCCAGACCCGCAGCAGAAUCCCUUCACCACGCCUUUCCGCAAUACCAUUCUGGUACCAUCGCAGUCGUACCCUACGGGGCGACCCUCACCCGAUUCGGCCUCUCACUCGCCCCUGGGACCCUCCACUUCUCCCUUGAUGCCACCUCCUGCGCCCUCGCCUUUAGACAAGCGUGAGCUGCCAGCACCGCCGUCACACGCCCAGGAGGCUGGUGACUCGAUGAUGGACUUCGAGUACUCUCCUGCACCCGUCGUGUUCGACGACUGGGAGAGCUUGGCUGGCGCUGUCAUGGAGCAGCAGGCUACCCCAACACAGCAACAUCAACCCAAUGGUGCACCCUCCGACUGGGGUAUGGUACAAUAUUUCAGCGACCCUCGCGUCACUUCAUGA